UGGACUUCGCGCCUGACGCCUUCAGCUGAUUCCGAUGGACAGUGCACUUUAGAUAUGAAUAAAAUGGCUCGAAAACGCGUCAAAUUCAAGCGGAAAUCAAAGCAAAAAAAGAAGGAGAAGUCUAAAAUAGACCCUGCUAAAGACGAUCAACCAGCUAAAGAAGAAGUAAAGGUUCAAGACGAGCCGCUUGUGCCGAACUCAUCGACGCGCGUCAACAAGAACAAGUCCUCCAAACAAACAAAGCGCGUCGCGUUUCGUCCAGAGAAAUACCAGCCGCUGCUUGAGGACGAUGUUGUUGUUGACAAUAUCGAGAAAAAACAAGACAAAUAUAAGAAGUUAAGAAAAAAUAUGGGGAAAGCUCUUCGCUACAGCUGGAAGUGUCUGGUGGUUGGACUGCAGAAUUUGAGCACAGCCUAUUCAAUGCCGCUGGGUGCCGGUGCCACAAUAGUGCCAGACAUCCACCGAGCCAGAGCAAACGUCUAAAACGUGACUCAAGACGAGCCGGUUACGUCAUGUGUAGUACAGCAAUCAACGAUGGAUCUCUAUUUUUAAUACAACCACUUAUCAGUGAUAUGGAAAUCUAAUUUGGAGGUGUGUUUUUAUUUAUCUGGCACUGUUGUCAAGAGAGAAUGGAAUGGACAGGAAUAGAAAAUAUUAAGUAGUAGAUGACGUGAUGGAUAUUCUUCUGGUGAUGCAUAACUUAUCAAAACAUUUAAAGGGAUAGUUAGUCUAAAAAUGAUAAUUGUAUGAUCAUAUACUCAUACUCAAACCUGUAUGAGAUUGUUUUAAGUUGAAGAUAUUUUGAAGGAUACUCAUAAUCAAACAGUUAAUGGCCCCCAUUCGCUUUAAUAUAUAUUCGCUAUAUAAAGUCAAUGAGGACCAGCAACUGUUUGGUUCAUCAAAAUAGCUUAUUUUGUGUUCAACAUGAAAAAGAAACUCAUACGGGUUUGAAACGAUAUGAGGGUAAGUGAUUGAUCACAACAUUUUCAUUUUUGGGUGAACUAUUCCUUUAACAUUACAGGUUUAGAUCAAACAUGUUCAGCAGGGAAACAAAGAAACGCUAUUCUUCGAUAUGAUGGGUAAAGCAAGUAGAAUAAUGAUACUGUGGAUGUCAUGCCGGUGCAGUGCAUAUAUUUAGUAUGAAGACAGACAGAGAUGUGUGGUGUUGACCAGUUGGAAUGAAAAACGUUAUGAAGUAUGUUAUGAGAGGCUGUAUUGCUUCUCAAGAUUGAAUUAUCCUUAAGAAUGUUGCAAGUGCUGUUAUAUCAGCAUAAAUGUAAUGUGAAACCACAAUUUGUACCAUUUUCCACUUUUUAUGAUUAUACCUGAACAAAUUGUUUUAUUUGA